AUGCACUUAUCGAGCAGCAGGAGGAAAAGCUUCAAACAGCUGAUUUUUUCACUGCUUUCAAGCCCUGCCUGUCGUUUUGCUAGCACACCAGAGGCUACUAUCUGUGCGUUAUCUUUAAGGAUGUGGAGCAAAGGAGAGUCAGAAGGGCUCCAGACUUUAGGAAUUGUGGUGGUGGUAUGCUCCUCUCUGAAACUUUUGCACUACCUUGGGCUAAUUGACUUGUCAGAUGACUUCGCCCGGUGGUAUUACCUGUCACCGAGAGAUAAAAUUGAAGAUGAGUUAGAAAUGACCACAGUAUGCCAUCGGCCUGAAGGACUGGAACAACUUGAGGCACAAACCAAUUUCACUAAGAGAGAACUUCAAGUGCUUUACAGAGGAUUCAAAAAUGAGUGUCCCAGCGGAGCUGUUAAUGAAGAGACAUUCAAACAGAUCUAUGCACAGUUUUUUCCACAUGGGGAUGCUAGCAUGUAUGCUCAUUAUCUCUUUAAUGCUUUUGACACAGCACAGAAUGGAUCCGUGAAGUUUGAGGAUUUUGUGAUGGCACUCUCCAUUCUGUUGAGAGGAACAGUUCACGAAAAGCUACGAUGGACAUUUAAUCUGUAUGACAUAAAUAAAGAUGGCUAUAUAAACAAGGAGGAAAUGAUGGAUAUAGUAAAGGCAAUUUAUGACAUGAUGGGCAAAUACACCUACCCAGUACUGAAGGAAGAUGCUCCAAGGCAGCAUGUAGAAGUAUUCUUCCAGAAAAUGGAUAAAAACAAAGAUGGAGUUGUAACUUUGGAUGAGUUUAUUGAGUCAUGUCAGGAGGAUGACAAUAUCAUGAGAUCCUUACAGCUUUUUGAAAAUGUCAUGUAACAGCAGCUGAAGAGCAGCGUAGGAAUCUGAGACUUUGUAUGUAAGGAGACCCUGAAGAAAAUGAAUCAAGAUUUUUCUCCCUGCCACCUUUCUUGAUGAAAGCUUUUUACUACUUGAACAUGUUCAGCGUGUAAGGAUUUUUGUAUGCCAUCGCAAACUGAGCUAUGUCUCUGAAUGCAACAAACUCCAUCUCUCAUCCCUCAAGAGACACUGGCUAGAAUUUAUUUCAUUUUGGAAGCAUGCUAAUAAA